UUUUUGUUUUCAAACAUAACUGACCAAUUUCAUUUUUUUUUCUCUCUCUCAUUGUACAAACAUCGUUUAUCGAAUAUUCUUUUUUUCUGGGCGCCAUAUUCCCAAAUUCAAAAUCAAUUACGGUCCCAAAACCAAAAAAAAAUUGCCUGUUCAUUCAAACCACCCAAAAUUCAUUGAAUUGCCUUGAAUCAAACGUGAAGAUAUUGAGUUUUUUCGAAGAAAAAUCAAUCAAUUCGACAUUCAAAACAUCUUUUAAUAAUUUUAUAAAUGAUGUUUUCUAGUCGACAAAUAAUUGGCAUAGUGGCCAUUUUAACAAUAUGUACGAAUCAUUGUUUGGCACAAGGCAAUCAAGGUGGUGGCGGUGGUUUCUUAGGUGAUCUUGGAGGCCUAGGUAAUCUAGGUAAUCUUAAUCUUGGCAAUUUGGGAUUGGGUAAUUUGGGCAUUGGAGAUCUUUCAUUUGAUGAUAAUCUUGGAACGGGUUUAGGUGGUGGUGGUGGUGGCUCUAAUGGUUUGGGUGGACAAAAUCUUGCCAAUUUCGGUGGUGGGGGUGGGGGUGGACGACAACCCGGAUUGGGUGGUCUUGGUGGUUUAUUAGGAGGUGGCUCACCAAAUGGUUAUAAUCGUAAUACAGGUGGGGGUGGCAACGGCGGUGGUCUUGGUGGAUUAGGUGGCUUAAAUCCAUUAGCUGGUCUUGGUCAAGCACUUGGUGGUCUUGCAAAUGGUUUAACUGGUGGUAAUCAACGUGGUGGCGGUGGAGGUGGUCUUCUUGGUGGCCUACCUGGAUUACUUGGAGGUGGUGGUGGUGGUCAGCAAGGAGGAGGUGGAAUUCCUGGGCUUGGCGGACUUGGUGGCCUUGGUGGUGGUGGAAGUCGUGGAGGUGGUCAAAAUAAUGGCGGAGGCUUUGGUGGUCUUGAUGGCCUAAAUUUAGGCGGUGGAAAUUCUAAUGGUGGCGGGGGAUUUAAUGGCCUAAAUUUAGGUGGAGGCGGUAAUGAUCUUGGUGGUCUUGGAGGUCUUGGAGGGGGCGGUGGUGGUGGAAAUGAUUUCGGUGGACAAGAUCUUGGUAAUCUUGGCAAUCUAGGAGGUGGUGGCGGUGGCGGCGGUGGUGAUUAUGAUUCAUUAGGUGAUGCUGGUUUUAGUAGAAAAUAAUUCCAUUACAAAAAACCGGGUCGAGAGAAAAAAAAUCUUAUUUAAUUUUUUUUU